ACACAAAAACAGGUAAACAACUCCCCCAAGGAAUACUCCUUCAACUAUUACCCUAGUUUGCAAAUUUUGGGAAAUCCCAAUCCUUUCAUGGAUUACGCUACUACUAUAUUUUCGCACCCAAAACCCAAUAAUCCAAUUGACAGAGACUUUACUCUUAAUAAAGUAUAAUUUAUUCCCUUUUUAUUUAUUUAGCGUUUUUCACGCAUGCAUCUGUAUUCACUGCAGCAGCCAGCACUAGAGAAACUGAAGAAAAUCAUCCAUCACCUCUUCCUAGAUCGCUUACAGUGAAUACCCAGAUUUCUUCUUGUUGAAAAGCUUCCAACUUUUUUUCCCGUGAAAGAGAUGGGGAUUUGGAGGUCAGUAUCGGUACUGUUUCUAGGGUUUCUGUUGCUCAAUCUUUCUGUUGCUCGGUUCGUGGUGGAGAAGAACAGCUUCAGGGUGAUCUCACCGGAUAGCAUAAAGGGUACCCACGACAGUGCCAUUGGAAACUUCGGGAUCCCUCAGUACGGCGGAAGCAUGGCGGGGACGGUGGUUUACCCGAAAGAGAAUCGGAAAGGGUGCCGGGGUUUCGACGAAUCGGGAAUUUCGUUCAAGUCGAAGCCCGGUGCUUUGCCCAGUUUCGUGUUGGUUGAUCGUGGAGAUUGCUUUUUCGCUUUGAAGGUCUGGAAUGCCCAAAAUGCUGGUGCUUCUGCAGUGCUUGUUGCAGAUAAUAUUGAGGAAGCAUUGAUUACCAUGGACACACCGGAAGAAGAUAGUCAAUCUGCCAAAUAUAUUGAAAAUAUCACAAUACCAUCUGCACUCAUUGAGAAAAGUUUUGGUGAAAAGUUAAAGAAAGCACUCAAUAGUGGUGAAAUGGUAAAUGUGAAUCUUGAUUGGAGAGAAGCUGUUCCACACCCAGAUGAUCGGGUAGAGUAUGAGUUGUGGACCAACAGCAAUGAUGAGUGUGGGUUUAAGUGUGAUAUGUUGAUGGAAUUCGUGAAAGAUUUUAAAGGUGCAGCUCAGAUUCUUGAAAAAGGUGGCUAUACUCAAUUCACACCCCAUUAUAUAACUUGGUACUGCCCUCAGGCAUUCACAAUAAGCAAACAGUGCAAGUCCCAAUGUAUCAAUCACGGAAGAUAUUGUGCUCCCGAUCCUGAACAGGAUUUCAGCAGAGGUUAUGAAGGGAAAGAUGUGGUUCUUGAAAACCUAAGGCAGCUUUGUGUGUUUAGAGUGGCAAAUGAGACCAAAAAGCCCUGGGUCUGGUGGGACUAUGUGACUGAUUUCCAAAUUAGGUGUCCGAUGAAGGAGAAAAAAUACAACAAGGAUUGUGCUGAGAGUGUUAUAAAAUCCCUAGGGCUAGAUCUUAAAAGCAUAGAGAAGUGCAUGGGAGACUCAAAUGCCGAUUCUGACAAUCCUGUUUUGAAAGAAGAGCAAGAUGCUCAAGUUGGAAAAGGAACGCGUGGUGAUGUAACUAUUUUGCCUACUCUCGUUGUCAAUAAUCGACAAUAUCGAGGGAAGUUGGAGAAAGGUGCUGUUUUGAAGGCCAUUUGUGCUGGUUUUGAGGAAACUACUGAACCAGCUGUUUGUUUGAGCGGGGAAGUGGAGACAAAUGAGUGUUUGGAUAACAACGGUGGUUGCUGGCGAGAUAAAGCAGCCAACAUAACUGCAUGCAAGGAUACAUUUCGUGGGAGAGUUUGUGAAUGCCCUCUGGUUGAUGGUGUGCAGUUCAAGGGAGAUGGAUACAGCAACUGUCAAGCUAGUGGACCCGGGCAUUGCAAGGUGAAUAAUGGAGGCUGUUGGCAUGACACUCGAGAUGGACACAGCUACUCUGCUUGCUUGGAUGUUGCUUCCGUGUUUGGGGAUAGUCAAUGCAAAUGCCCUCUAGGGUUCAAAGGUGAUGGUUUAAAAAGUUGUGAAGACAUUGACGAAUGCAAAGACAAGAAAGCCUGCCAGUGCUCUGAAUGCAGCUGCACGAACACCUGGGGAAGCUAUAAAUGCUCAUGCAGUGGAGACCUCCUGUAUAUCAGGGACCAUGAUACUUGCAUAAGUAAGAGGGGAACUGAAGUGAAAUCUGCUUGGGCUGCUGUUUGGGUCAUUUUACUAGGUUUGGCUAUGGCUGCUGGUGGAGCAUAUAUGGUGUACAAAUAUAGAUUGCGGUCAUACAUGGAUUCGGAGAUCAGAGCCAUAAUGGCACAGUACAUGCCUCUGGACAGCCAAGCUGAGGUUGCCAACCACGUGAGUGACGAUCGGGCAUAAUAUAGGACCCAUUGUCCCUGGUUCUCCAAGAAUUCUGGGUAGUUCUAGAAGUCCUACAGAAUCUACGUUGCGCCAAUGUUUGAGGGAAGACCCAAAAAUGUUUGUACACUGUAAAUUGUUAGGGACUGGUUUUGAGAGAGAUCAAUAACGGACCUGACUCUAUUUAGUCUUUCAGAAUUCCGUUUGUAUCUGGCGAAACAUCCUUCUUGUGUUAAUCAAGGUUGAAACUAGAUGAGCAUUUGUAUCCUUAAAUUUAAUUUGCACGUUGACCAUAAUUGUAUUCGUAAAUAGCCCCGUUCCUCAGGCCUUCAGUCA